ACCUCCAAUCACCAACGGGAGUGGUCGUCAGAGCGGCCUGGACAUCCGGAUGUUUCCUUCCAACGGUAGAAUCCUAACGUCUGGCAUGGCUGACGACACGGUCACAGACAACUGGGAAAUGCCGGGACCGAACAUAAGCACGGUCCAAAAUGACACAAGCUACGGUGUCUCUUGUAACUACGACUACAUACCAACCAUUUCGGAGACGAGUGAAGCUCUGGGAGCCUUUGGAGUCGCGAUGAUGACCACAGGAGUGAUAUUGACCUUAGUUUUAUACGGCCUUUUCGCUGAACAAGUUUACUAUACCUACACCAUGUGCCAUAAGGUCUUCAGAAGACAUAUCAUUUGGAUUACUUCAGUCUACCCUUUUAUGACAAUGAUGAGUGUGAUCGCCACAGCCAUACCCAGGGCGGACAACCUUUGCACAGCGGUUAAAGUAACGUACAUGUCCAUAGGAAUCAGCCACUUCACUGACCUGACCACAAGCAUGUUCGGAAGUGAGAAAGCUAUGCUAGCUUACCUCGAGGGCAGGGCGCUGAACCUUCAAGUUGGACCCUGCUGUUGCUGCUUGCGGUGUCUCCCUUCGCCUCCCGUUAACAAGACCCGCAUCCGCAUUGUCCGUUGGCUGUUGUGGCAGAUGCCCUACACUCAGGCGAUUUAUUUUAUCCUGACUCUUCUGUGGUCCGUUGCUGAAAGUGAAUCCGAUGGCACUAUCAUAAAAGUUCACAUGGCAAAUCCACACAGAAAAAUAUUCUUUGACAUUCAUGAACUGUUUGUAGACAAUGUACGCGUCGUGCUGGGCGUACUAGCUCACGAUAUUGAAGCAUUUGUGCGCCAUACGAAGAAUACGAAGUUAUACACAAAGUUCUCGCGCUACAGGCUGUUCCGUUCAACUUGUGCGUUUCGUAGCGCUGUGGAGUGCCAGACGGAACGCCAGGCUGGACGAAGCUUCGUGAGACAGUCCUUGCACAGAGCGCUCAUCUCGCAUCAUGCGACUACAACCUUCUGUAUUGGUCCUCACAUUUCCCCGCGAGUCUACAAGCAAACCGUCGAAAACUGUAUAUACCUGGUGGAGAUGCUGAUCCUCGGCCCCUACACCUACUGGCAAUACCACAACGAAGCCUUCAUAGCCGCUAACCCGAAGGAGCCUAGACAAUUUUGCGCGAAAGACUCCCCGAAGGAGGUCAACACCAUCUCGAAGUCGUGCCAGGCUGAAGGUCCAGCUGUCGGAGGAGGACCUCUGAGGGGCCCUCAAGAACCUCACAAGGACCACUCGGCUUACGUCGAUUUGACGGCUAUUGUGGCGCAUACGCGGAGUAGUACGUGUGUGACGGAACAACCCAGGAAUACGGAUGGGUAUAGUCAUAGAAUAAGAGAAAACUUGGUCUAAAUGUUGAUGAAAUAUAAGAAUAAAAAAUCUGCUCCUGGCCAGAUGUAAAUGUGUUAUUACGCUUUGCUUAGAAAGAAAAAAAAAUAUGAAUGAUAGAUACAUUUUUCCUACGUCGUUUUUCAUGAUGAAAACAUUGGAGAUAAUUUAGCCAUUUUGAAAUUGGAAAUUGUCUAUAUAUACCUAAUUUGUGCAAUUAUUUGAUAAAUCAUAAAUGAGUCUACGUAUUCACAGCUGUACGGAUUAAUGAAUCGAUUACAAAUAGUACAAAGCACAAGGCCACAGCCUUCUUUCCUAGUAUGGUAUGUGCGAAAUCCCAGUGGCAGGAAAUGUCAACUGUCUUGCUGUAAAGCAGUACUGCAGAGAGAAUAAUACGGGACAUAUCAAGUUUAAACAGAAAUAACAUUGUCAGUUCCUAUUUCCAUGUGUAUUCGUGUGACUUAUAAGCGCUCACUGUCACCUUGUCUAUCAUUAAAAUAGCAUAUCGGAUUAUUCGCAUAUACUAUGGUAAAGAGGAAUCAAACUUUAUCUAUGUACUUUUUUUUUUUUUUUUUUGUAAAACUGACUGAAAUCAAAUUUCAGAAAGUAAACUAUGAUAUUAUAGUACAGCAGUUACCAUAUAUGAUGUGGAAGGAUUGUAUAUUGUCUCUUUUGUAAACUUAAAUAAAAAUGAAUGUAAAUUAUGGUAGUCCUUGA